GUAACCCUGCAGUCUUUGCUCAACUUCACAGGUAACCUAGUGCUGACGGGCGAGCUUCACAUCACUUCCAAGAUGACAGGGCCUUGUCUCACCGUCCACGGAGACCUUCAGCUUGCCAAUGCUCAUGCCAGCUUCCUGGGAUGCCAAAACAAG